AUGACAGCCUGCUCUCUUGUAACCAUCAUCGUUUCCGUUCCCUUCAUCAUACAGUUCGUUUUCAUAGAGAAGAACGUCAGAAUGCAGGUGGAAAGCGCGUCGCCGCUGGUCGGAUUCGUCAUAGGAGCGGCCAAGUAUUUAUGUAUGUUGUAUCGCAAGGAAGAUAUCUGCAACUACAUCGACAGGAUUUCCGAAGAUUGGAGGAACGUUCGCACGAAAUCAGACCGCGUGAUUAUGCUCCGGAGUUCAAAAUACUGCCGACAAUUGACCCGGACGUGUACGGUCAUCUUGUACGUUGGUGGCGUGGCGUAUUCAAUAUCGACCCCCCUUCUGUCAGGGGCACUGUUAUCAUCUAAUAUCACAACGAGGAAGCCGUUGUUGCCCUGCUAUUCCUACGCUUUCGACGUUCGUCCUUCGCCGAAUUAUGAAGUGGUUUAUGUUGCGCAAUUUGCAUGCGUGAUCGUCUGUAUAACAUUUUUAAUGACUGCGUGUGCUCUCACUGCCAAAUUAGUUUAUCACAUCUGUGGCCAGUGUCGGAUCGUCAGAUCCCUUUUUGAGAAUGUUAUCAAUGGAGACGAGCAACAAGACCUGAGCUACAACGAGAGGUGGUCUUACGCCGUCGAGACUCACUUACGGGUAUUAAGAUUUGUAAAGGACGUCGUGUCGGUACUGAGAGGAGUAUGUCUCGUCGAACUAUUAGGAUGUAGCACAGUCGCUUGCUUCCUUGGGCUUGAUGCGAUUUUGAAUCUGCAGGAAGAUAAUACAGGAGGUUUCAUCGUAUUUAGCCUCAUAUUUACCUCGUUUAUCCUGAAUCUAUUUGUAUAUUGUUUCAUCAGUGAACAGCUUACCCACCAGUGCGCUAUGAUUGGAGAAGCGACGUACAGGAUCUGGUACCGUCUACCGUCAAAAAAGGCGUCAGAAAUCAUUUUAAUUCUUGCCAUUUGCAACAUUCCAGUCAAACUUACCGCUGGGAAGAUUUCCGAGCUGUCCAUGAAUGUGUUUUGUGACGUGUUUAAGGCUACCAUGGUGUAUUUAAAUGUGCUUCGAGAACUGCUAUUGUAACCACUUGGGAUUUCAACCGUAAUGAUUAGUAACAAGAGCAUAACAUUUUUUCCACGGUUGUUCGGUGUCACUUAAGAUGAGACAUGCAUAUCGUGCGAGAGAUCCUGAAAAUUGUUAAAAGAUAUAAAUAUCGUUAGAGAAAUUAACAUCUUACUACCUGUCCUGUGUCUCGACCACUUGUCUGCAGAGUGUCCAUUUCUCGGAUUAGUAAGACAAUGAUAAGUCAAUGAUGAGAGCUCCGA